AUGCUGUGGGUGGACCGGUACCGACCCAAGACCUUCGCGGAGAUCGAGCUCCACCCGGAGCUAACGAGCGUCCUCGGCCGACUCGCCCAGUCGCGGGAUCUCCCGCACCUGCUCUUCUACGGCCCGCCCGGGAGCGGGAAGAAGACGCGGGUGAUGGCCGUCCUCAACGCGAUCUACGGCCCGAAGGUCUACGCCCUUCGGCUCGAGCAUAAGAGCGUCCAGGUCACCGACCACAAGGUCGUCGACCUCACCACCCUCAGCUCUCCCCACCAUAUCGACCUCAACCCGUCCGACGCAGGCAGCUACGACCGUGUGGUGGUCAUGCAGAUGAUUCGGGAGAUCGCGCAGACGGCGCCGAUGGCAACACCGGGGAGCGGGACCGGCGUGGGGUAUAAAGUGGUGGUCCUCAACGAAGUCGACGGACUCAGCCGCGGCGCCCAACACGCCCUCCGGCGAACGAUGGAGCGCUACCUGAAGACCUGCCGGCUGAUCCUCACCUGCACAUCGACCUCGCGGCUGAUCGCCCCGCUCCGCUCGCGCUGCCUCGCUCUGCGGGUCCCCGCACACUCGAGUGAGAACCUCGCGAAGGCGCUGAGUAAGGUCUGCCAGGCGGAGGGGCUCGCGACGCCCUCGGCGGCCUUUCUCCGCACCCUCUCCCUGCGCUCGGAGGGGAAUUUACGCCGCGGCCUCCUCAUGCUCGAGGCCGCGGUCGCUACCAAGGUAGACUUCGCCGGCGACGGCUCCGCCAUCCCGCAGCCCGACUGGAAGCUUUAUCUUGAUGAAAUCGCAGGCGAUAUCUUGGGCGAGCAGUCGCCUAAAAAGCUCCACGAGAUACGACUUAAAUUCUAUGACCUCUUAGCGCAAUGUAUCUCGGGUGAUACGAUCUUGAAGACGCUGGUGAAUAGUUUGUUCGCAACCAUGGCGCCCAAACUCCACGGGCCGUUGAUCGAGUUGGCGGCCAGGUAUGAUCACAACAUGAAGCUGGGUACAAAGCCCAUUCUACACUUGGAAGCAUUUGUUGCUGGUGUGAUGACGCUCCUUAAAGAAAAUGCUUCUUUGCUGUAA